CUGGGGAGCGGGGAGGGGGCUGCGGACGCUCGCGCGAGGGGAGUAGAGGCUCCGGGGUUCCUGGGGCGGUCACUCCCCUCUGGGUCCCAACUUUCUCACGGAGCUGUAGUAACGGCCACGUCAGAGCCGCCUCCCGCCCCUCGUGGCGUUUACACCUGUGGUGGGCUCUGUUAUUUCACCUCCGUUACAGUUGAGGAAACUGAGGCAUAGCUCUUAAGGGACUUGCCUUCUGUUACCCAGAAGGUGAGCGGUGGGCCUGGGAUUUGAACCCAGCUCUCUCUGAUGCCAGAGCCCCCACCUGGGUGCCAUACUGCCUCAUCUUCGGGGAUAUCUGAAGGAGUUAAAAGGCUGAGAUAUGAAUCAGCUGUGCCCACUGGGCGCAGCAGGAACUGGGGUAGUAAAGGUGGGUGUUGUCGCUUCCAAUAUGGCUCUCCUGCUCUUCCCCGCCCCACCGAGGAACCCUGUAGAGUCCCUACACUGCCCCCGUAGCAGUCACUGCUACUAGCUGCUGGGAGACCUGGAGCAGCUGGCCCUUUCCUGGGCGCACGACUUCUGUGAGCAGCCUCCAUGAGGCCCUGGACCAGUGCAUGAUUGCCCUGGACCUCUUCCUCACCAACCAGUUCUCAGAAGCACUCAGCUACCUCAAGCCCAGAACCAAGGAGAGCAUGUACCACUCGCUGACGUAUGCCACCAUCCUGGAGAUGCAGGCCAUGAUGACUUUUGACCCUCAGGACAUCCUGCUGGCUGGCAACAUGAUGAAGGAGGCACAGACGCUGUGUCAGAGGCACCGGAAGAAGUCCUCUGUGACAGAUUCCUUUAGCAACCUGGUGCACCGCCCCACGAUGGACCAGUUCACGGAAGAGGAAAUCCAUGCUGAGGUCUGCUAUGCAGAGUGUCUGCUGCAGAGAGCAGCUCUGACCUUCCUGCAGGAUGAGAACAUGGUGAGCUUCAUCAAGGGCGGCAUCAAAGUUCGAAACAGCUACCAGACCUACAAGGAGCUGGACAGCCUUGUGCAGUCGUCUCAAUACUGCAAGGGAGAGAACCACAGACACUUUGAAGGAGGUGUGAAGCUCGGUGUGGGAGCCUUCAACCUGACGCUGUCCAUGCUUCCUACCAGGAUCCUGCGGCUGCUGGAGUUCGUGGGGUUUUCAGGAAACAAGGACUACGGGCUGCUGCAGCUGGAGGAGGGCGCAUCGGGGCACAGCUUCCGCGCUGUGCUCUGUGUCAUGCUGCUGCUCUGCUACCACACCUUCCUCACCUUUGUGCUCGGUACCGGGAAUGUCAACAUCGAGGAAGCAGAGAAGCUCUUGAAGCCCUACCUGAAGCGAUACCCUAAGGGUGCCAUCUUCCUGUUCUUUGCGGGGCGGAUUGAAGCCAUUAAGGGCAAUGUUGACACAGCCAUCCAGCGGUUCGAGGAGUGCUGUGAGGCCCAGCAGCACUGGAAGCAGUUCCACCACAUGUGCUACUGGGAGCUGAUGUGGUGCUUCACCUACAAGGGCCAGUGGAAGAUGGCCUACUUCUAUGCCGACCUGCUCAGCAAGGAGAACUCCUGGUCCAAGGCCACCUACAUCUACAUGAAGGCCGCCUACCUCAGCAUGUUUGGAAAGGAGGAUUACAAGCCGUUCGGGGAUGAUGAAGUGGAGUUGUUUAGAGCGGUACCUGGUCUGAAGCUCAAGAUUGCUGGGAAAUCUCUACCUACAGAGAAGUUUGCCAUCCGGAAGUCCAGACGCUACCUCUCUCCCAAACCAAUCUCAUUGCCAAUCCCUGCUCUGGAAAUGAUGUACAUUUGGAAUGGCUACGCUGUGAUUGGGAAGCAGCCGGAACUCACGGACGGGAUACUUGGGAUUAUCACCAAGGCUGAAGAGAUGCUGGAAAAGGGCCCAGAGAAUGAGUACUCAGUGGAUGAUGAGUGCUUGGUGAAGUUGCUGAAAGGCCUCUGUCUGAAAUACCUGGGCCGUGUCCAGGAAGCUGAGGACAAUUUUAGGAGCAUCUCUUUCAAUGAAAAGAAGAUUAAAUAUGACCACUACUUGAUCCCAAACGCCCUGCUGGAGCUGGCCCUAUUGUUUAUGGAGCAAGGCAGAAAUGAAGAGGCUGUCAAACUCUUGGAAACUGCCAAGCAAAACUACAAGAAUUACUCCAUGGAGUCAAGGACACAUUUUAGAAUCCAGGCAGCCAUACUCCAAGCCAAGUCUUCCCUAGAGAAUGGCAACAGAUCCAUGGUCUCAUCAGUAUCCUUGUAAUUUCAUGCAGCACUCCCAGGCUGGAAGACAGAGACAGCUGGACAGAGCUCCUGGAAACAUUUCAAAAAGUUCCCCUCCCCCUGCCCUGCCUUUGGGGUCCACCGGUGCUCCAGUGGGAUGGUUAUGACAUAGGUAUCCAUGCAGAAGGGAAGCCAGGAUUUUCACCAGUGUGGCCAAGGGCCUUUACCAAGGACAGAGCGGGUGGAGCUCUCUGCCUGCCCUAUCACACAUACGGGUACUUGUUUUUCACUGUGAUGUUUAAAGAGAAUGUAUGAACAGUUUACAUUUUCCUUAGAAAUAUAUUAAUGGGAUCACAGUUGGCUUUAAAAAAAAAACCAAAAACCACCUGUACAUCUUUGUUUUAACCCAUACUGAUCUGGAGGUAAAUCUAUAUACGAUGCUCUCAAAAUUCAGCAAUGUCUCAGCUUCCAGGGCCAGAAGGACCAUAAAGGCUUCUGAGGGCAUAGAGGUUGCACACUGACCACCACUACCUUACUACUUACACUUCAUUUUCACUCCCUUAGUAACUUUCCAAUUUAAAACAAAAUCAAAUGAAAAUUAUUUCACUAAAAAGACAUGUGAGUCCACCUGUAGAAAAAAAAAAAAAUCAAUCUUCACCAGUAAGGAAUGGGAGUUGCUGAGAGAAGGGGAGCUGUGUGGCCCUUUCUGUGCCAAAACCAAGAAGUUUGUGGGGGUUGGUUCUCAGACACCAGUCUGCAUCCUCACUGUACGCCAGACUGAAACUGGGAAUAAUUCACGAAACAACUCUUCUGUACUUCACUACGAGGUACAUUUAUUUACUGACAGCUUUUUUCUUAGAAUGGUUAUUCCUGGCCUGUCGUGUAUGUUUUAGAUUUCUCAGUUGAGAAAAGAGUUAUAUAAGUAAUAAAACUUAUAACACUUAAGAGAUCAUGCAACAUCUAUUUCAGUAAAGUAUGUGUUGCUUGAAUUCUUGAGCAAGGCAUAAAGUCUGGAUCAGAAGCCAUAUGGCCCAGGUAUGUUUUAUUUAGACAACAUGAUGCCUUAAAUGUUUUUAAAAUAAGUUAACAUUUAAAAAUGGGGAGAUUUCACAAAUAAAUCUGGUUUCUGGUCUCUUAUUUUAAAACGAAAAUCCAAUCUGGCAACAUUAGGCUCAUCCCUAUAAGACAACAAGGCAACCAUCAGUUGGAGCUGAGUAGAGGCUGCUCUAAACACUUGCAUUACCCUUCUGUCCCCUAAAAGCAUCUCAAUUUUCAAACUCUGGGGCUGUUACAGUGAGAACUCAAGUUCAGUGACCAGACACCAAGCUUACCUAAUUCACAAGCUAAUGACAGCAUACCUCAACUUAACCAUUUCCCUGGAGGAAAAAAAAUGUACGCAGUAAAAAUGUUCAUCUGUGAAAUGUGACUCCUCAAAUACAUGACUGCAAUUUCUGUGAGGGAGGAACCACAGACAACUUCUCCAAUCUUCCAGCAUUGCUGGAUUUUUAGCAAACACUUCUGAACAUCUGCCAGGGACUGGGUAAUCUAUUAACAUCGUCAACUAGCCUUCUGUGACUAACACCGAAUGAAGGCAUAGGUUUUAAGUAAAGGAAAUUCUCAUUAGGAAAACAAAGCAGAAAACCCUUCAGGAUCCUCUUUUACACUUAGUACCUAUCAUAGCAGAAAUGUUAUGAAAAAAAAAUCUCAUUUUGUUAGAACUAGACACAAUAAUGUUCUCCACCAAGAGCAAGCCCUCUGCAAGCGUGCUCUCCAAAGCCUGACAUCUGGGAGACUAGCCUGUUUCUAGGUGGUUGGGCAGGGCAGGGUAAGAGGAAUGACUAGAACCAGGCUGCUGAAUGAGGGUAGCCUUUUGUGGUUCCUUCACAUACUAGAACUAACACCUACUGCUAUAUAGAAAAACCAGCACAUUGGUCACAGGAUACCAAGCACAGCUUGCAAAAUUGUAGUUAACAAAAAAACUUUAUAAACAUUCAUUUUAGGCACUUUUAUUUUAAAAAAAUUUAUGUGAGGAUGGUUUCCUUGUCAGUGUUAUUACUGAUUUCCUGCUGGGCUUCAUUAAUCAGCUAAUGUCACCUUACCUCUGUCUGCUGCCAUGGCUACAGUCUGGCAGGUAAGAGAAAUCAGUGGGUUUUGUCUCCUUUAUCCCACCUGCAGCUUGAGAUAGUCUAUUAAAAACAUGUUUGUGAAGUAAGAUGAAAAUGUCAGGUGUCUAACACCAUAUCCUUGUGUAGAAGCUUUGAAGGUGAAAAUUCUGUCCUGGGCUGCUGCUUCUAUCUUAUUUGAGCCAUUUCUGUUUGUUAAUUCUCUAAUAGUACAGAGCUUUCCAGCACAUAUGCCCUGGAGAGGCAACUAUCAGGUGGAGAACUCUGGCCUAGAAGUAAGGAGACCUGAAUUCUAGUCCCUGCUUUGUUAUGAGUUUUCAGAGUGACCUUGGGAAAGUCAUGGACCCUUAAAAAAUUAGUAAUUUGCACUAGAUUAAGGUUCUUUCCUUCUGUCAAUGGUUCUGAUUCUGACUUUUGUCAAGUAUAUUUUUCAAUUUUCAUAUCCAAAGUGAGAUGAGAUAUAUACCCCCCUACCUUUUGCCAAAGCCUUAUGUCCCUAAAGCAACUCAACCAGAAAUGAUAGGCUUUCUCAAUCAAAGGCCUCUAUAGUAUCCCAGCACACUUGGAGAGCAAAUAAUCUUCAUUUGGGGAAAGUCUAAGUCCUAUUACACAAAGGAACUCCACCGUUAGUAAGUAGCAACUGUGUAACAUGAUCUAAACAUGCCCUUGGCAAAGUCUACCUCUGCCUCUCACUGGUCACAGGCCUUUGGACUUGGAGGGUGGCUGCCAGCAGUCCGCUGGUCCCUAUCAGCUCUCCCAUGUGUUGGCAGGAUUCCCUACUCCUUAUCUCUCAAGUCAGAAUGGGAGUGUUUCCAAGACAGCUUUCGUCAUUCACAGUAAAAAGUCAUAACCUGCAAAGCCAGGACCCUAAAAGGCCAGUGCCAACACAAGACUUGGCUGAGGCCCAGGUGGAAGAGUUCCAGCAACUGAAGAACGGCACCAGGAGGUUUUCAGAAAGCCUCCGCCUGCUGAGUGCUAGCGUCAUUAAGAAAAAAAUCAUCCAGAGAGACUUUUCUCUGGAGAUACUCCCAAGUUUAUUUCUUCUAAGAUGAUGAGGACUAGACAGUCUUUUUCUUUGCUUCAAAUUUAAAGCCUAACAACAAGCCUUUCAACAACUGCUACCUUACGUCUUCAGCACCAUCAUAACAAAUUCACUAAUAAACAAGAGGUGCCUGGAUUCUGAAAACCAAACAAAAACGGGAACUUCCCAUACACACACACCUCGGAUGCAGCUUUCCAAGGUUGGAAAACACCUUUUUCCUCCUGUUAGCACAGCUCUUUUGAAAUCUAGUGCAAAAGUUCAUCACUGCCCAACAGGUUAAGUCCGCAAACAGGGAACCUCAUUUCGGAGCCUGAAAAAUCAAUUUCUAAAUGAGGAACGUAUGAAUUGCUUCAAGUAUAUAAAGCCAACUGUUAAGUGACAAAAUAUAACAGAGCCCUUCCUUUGGGAAGAGAGUUACUACUGGGUGCUAAGGACUUCUAAAAGUCGACAUUCUAGUUUUUAAUCAGACACAUCACAGCUAACACAUCACAAAUAACUGGAUUGGGUUUUAUUUUUCCUCAUCAUUAGCAAAUCGUUCAGAACACCAGAUACCAUAUGCUCUGGGUGGAAAAAUAAUAGCUAAUAUUAAGUGCUCACUAUUUACCUGUCGCUAGUCUGUACACUUUACAUGUAGGUAAUUCUCAUAAUCACCCUAUUACAGAUAAGAAAACUGAGACACAGGUUAAAUAACUUGCCUAAUGGCACACAGCUAUUAUGCAGCAGAAAGAUUUAAAGCCAGGCAGCCAAAUUUUAAAGCCCAUGCUUUGCUGAACUGCUGGUCAAACUGUAAAUUUCAGUUUAAAGUUGGCUCUGACUUAUAUUAACCUCUGGGCCACUACUGAGGAUGAAAAAGUUACUGGCUAAUAGUUCAAACACCAGAAAUCCUUGGCUUGGAACACACGGAGCAUUUUGUCUGUGUGGCAUGGUUCUGGAAUUGGCAGAAUGCAGCCUAUUUCAAUACCUCUAGAAUGGACAGUGCUAGAGGCGAAUCUCAAUGUCUUUUCGAUAGCAUAAUCCAGGCUUCCCAAUUUAAACAAUGUCUAAGACUUGCUUUUGGAUCCUAAAUGACAGGGUGAACUAUGAUGAGGCCUCCAAGAAAAGCUGGGCUCAUUACUUUUGCAAAGCCAACCAAAGCUUACAAGCAUUCAGAGUUCACCACUAGGACCAGACUCUUGAGGAAAACCCUCAGUUACCUUUUCCAACUUCUUUUUCUCAGGGACAAGAAAUCUGGAGCCUAGAAGCACUGAUGUUAUAGAAGGGGCCCAAACCAUACAUGUGCUGCUCCUCCUUUGAUCACAAUCAAUCUGAGAUGCUUAAAGUCUAUACCUUAUUGAUAAUGGUGCUUCAUUCAUACGCAGAGAAAAAAAACUUUCUGUGGAGGCAUCCAAAGAUGACUAAGUCUUCCAGUGGACAGUAACUUUUCUCAAGGAAAAAAAAAUGUAAAGGACAGUUAGUCUCUUCUAAAGUUGCCUUGAAAACUUUAUGAAAACAGUAAAUGGUUUUAGUCUGUCAGCAACAUUAAUCAGAUGGAUCCAGCUGUUGUCCUGAGCUAAUGCCUAUUGCCCAGGGUGAUAAAGCAGACAAGAACAAUGUGGACAACAUGCAGAUAAAUCCAAAUCCCUUUGUACAGUUUCGCUGAAGGUCCUAACAAAAAUAUUAUGGAUCAGGAAAUGGGUUGUAAAGGGACUUGUGGAUUUUCCAUUUCCUUGCUAAAGAACAAGGAAAUAGCUAAAGGUAAAAUGGAUAAGUGAAGUCUGGAUACUCGUAUCUGGACAAUCAACCUCUGAAUAAUCAAUGAGCACCCAAUCGUGCUGUUAUUUUUUUAACUACUACUAUAUAAUUUAUAAAAGGACUGGGUAGAAUCAAGUGGGCUAAUCUUUAUUGUGUGGGAUGUUUUUAGACCCAAAGGCUCUCAGAAAACAAAUUACAAAGUAUAUUUUAAGUUAAUAUUGCCAAAAUACAUGUGCCUAACCCAGUUAUUAACAUCUGUAUGUCAUUUUAAUAUAAACCUUAAAGUGUUGUAAUGUUACUCCUAGGAGCUUUAUUAAAAGGGUUUCUUUUUCUCUAGUAAAAAUACUUUAUGUGCAGAGCUAAUAAAUAGCCUAGUUAACUUUCCUAAAUACAUAAAAUUAACUUACUGUAUCUUUCAAACCACUUAGAAAAGGUACUAUUUUAAGAUGUUUAUAUUAUACAAUCAAACAUUUACAGUUACUCCAUUAAAUCCUUAUGUUUCACUUGAAUUACCACACAUGAAAGCCAUAAAUCUGAAUUGUGAGCAUUAAACCACUGCCUAACCAUAGGCAAAUACAUGUUUUCACCUACAGAACUGAGGGAAAAAAAAUUUUCAGAGACCACUUUUAAUGGCUCUCAGGAAAAUUUCAUCUAAUAGUAGUAGGUCAAACAGUAACUACAUCCAAUGCAACAAUGAAAAUUUAAUAGUUGGGCAUUUUUACUCUACACCUUUUUUAUUUAACAAGCAUUUAUUAGUAAGAACCUAGGUUGUGUGUACAUCUUUAAGGAAAAUAAUGUAUUUAAAGAAAUGAAUGGGUAGAUCCAAUCUUAACAGGCAGGCUAGCCUAUACUUAUGGAUUCAUUUCUGAAGUGAACAAGAACACAGCCCUCAUGGGGGCACCUGGGUGGUUCAACCGUUAAGCAUCUGCCUUCGGCUCAGGUCAUGAUCCCAGCAUCCUGGGAUCGAGUCCUGCAUCAGGCUCCCUGCUUGGCGGGAUGCCUGCUUCUCCCUCUCCCACUCCCCUUGCUUGUGGCCCCUCUCUCGCUGUCUCUGUCAAAUAAAUAAACCAAAUUUAAAAAAAAGAAAAAACCAUAGCCUUCAUGAAUAGAAGAGGCAUGAAAUUGAUGGAAAUGAGACCUCAAUGGCCAAAUAUUUAGGAACUGAGACUUAGAAGGAAGAAAUUAGAAGGAAUUCAACUAAGUCCCCAAAGGGUUAAUAUAACACAGUCAGGAAAAAAACGGUUCAGGACGCUGAUGGCUCUUAUGCCCAUACUUCCCAUGAUGGAGACAUCCUUAUGGCCUGUGUCUUAGGGAAGUGUAGUUGAGUGUAAGAUUAGAGCAGGGGAGCUGCAUAGAAGGUACAGAAGGAAGGAUUAUAAACUAUCUUCUCUGACUUUCUCCCAUCCAGAAAAGAGUAGAUGAUCUUUACAUUCAGUGAGUAAAUUUAAAAGUACUUGAGGAGAUACUAACCAAUCCAACUUUUCUCAUGUCCACUAAUUUCAAAAUUAAAGGCUUACAAAAUUAGUUGAGGUUACUACAGUGGCUGCAAGUGCAAUCAGUUGGCUCUGAGAAACUGACUGCUAGGCAUUGCCUUUAAGCAGAGGUAACCACCAAACUGCGUACAUUUCUGAAUCAUUCUGAAGAAACUUACCUCAUUUACUGUUUACCAUUUCAGUCUCAGAAGUACAGGCAGGUCUGCUUUUGACUCUUGUCAUUCCUUUUUUAAAAUGCAUGCUUCCUUAUGACGAAGCUCUGUAUGCAAAGAAUGUUAACACAAUGCUCACUGUAUUCUGUAAAAUCUUAUUGGCUUAUAUUACACAGGGGACACCAACAGUAGGGGGAAUCUUCUCCUGGUUGAAGAAAGUCCUAUAAAGGACACUCAGAAAAUUGAAAAGGUUUUUGUGAAUCAAAGUAUUUCAACUUGCUGGGUUUACACUUAAAAGAUUCUUUUACUUUUUCAUGGUCAGGCUUUUCAGAUAUUUCAAAUCCUAUAGCCAAUCUUGAACACAUCUUGCCCAAAUCUAAAAGUUGCACCUAUUAUUUGGCUUCAGAAAAUGUGAAGCUAUUAAGCUUCUAAAUUUAUCAUUAGAUAGUAUUAAAUGCCACACCAUAAAAAAUCUUCCCAAAAAGUUUAUAGACCUAGAGAUUAAAUUUAUACACUGUUUUAAAUUUAUACACCAAUUUAAAGAAAGGAUUAGAUAAUCUGGGGAAUAUUCUUACAUAAUCAACUCUUAACUGUAGCCCUUUACAACUGUAUUAUAACUUUAUUUAACUUAGUUAAAAGCCAAAACUGAUAGUUCUUAACAUGGUAUAUGGAAAUCAAAAUUAAAGAAUACAAAGUACCUUUAAAAAUUUCAGCUCAAUACUAGUUCCUUCAAUAUUAUUGCCAAACUUCUGUGAAAGAAGCCUUGCAAUAAAGACUAACAGCAACAUUAGAUGAUUUUUUUUUUAAUUUCACUUACCAAUUUUAACAAUCUAGAAAAAAAGGAAAGUCUGAUUAUAAUACUUGAUGACACAGACAUCAUGGAUAAGUAGAAAACACAAGGAUAAAAAAAGUAAUAUCACUGAAAACAUUGCACAACUUCAGGUUUUCCUCCAAAUUUGCUUUAUGUGGAUAUAAAUUAAUGAACAAGAACUUAAGCAAGAUACAUGUAACAAUUUAACAGAACCUGAUAGUCUAAUUUUCAAUUUUUCUCAAAUUCAUCUUUAAGUAUUUCCAUCAUGGGGCUCAUAGGAAAAUUAACCAACAUAUGGAUACUACAGUCUAGUGUCAAAUCUUUAAGAAGUAUUUGUGACAUACUGAAUUCCUCUACAACGCAAUUAUGAAGAACCCUCAAGAUACUCGUGUUUCGUAUGUAGAAAAGUGUUAGAGUCAAAUACUCAACUCAAUAUAAGAAGCAUUUCUGAUGUUAGAGAUUAAGAUUGCUUCUCCUUCUGCUAAUGAAUGAUUCUUAGCUGUAAUAUCACUGAGCUGAACAAAUAAGUCACCUUUGAGUACAUAAGGAAAAAUAAACACAUGCUAAAUGGAUAAAACAUUACAAACUACAUCUUUACUAGACCAUCUCUACCUCUAACACUUCAGAAGCUUAGAGAUUCAGAGUGCUCCUACAUUAACUGCAAGGAAAAGAUAAAGGAGAAAUUCCCUCUUUGAGAUCACAACUAUGAAGUCAUGUGGUUAUACAAAUUCUGCAUUUGUGUGCAAAACAUGAAGUAUGUUUAUCUUAAUUCUCCCUGCUUAGACUUGUCAGUCAGCCAGCAGGACUUUCCUUUCCAAGAAACAGAGACUGAGAUGUGUUUAAUAUAACUUCAAUAACCUCAGCACUACAAUAAUAAGAGAUGCAGUAUCCUUUUGCUAUGGUUCAAGACAAUAAGGGAAGGAGGUCACAAGAAUAAAUCAAAACUGUUACAACUGAGCAACUUUUCUCAGUUUCACCAUGGUGCCACUUUCAUUUUACAUAAGCAUGGUGGCAUAAUUCAAGCUCAAUAAAUCAGAAAUCUUAAUAUUUAAAAUUUACCUUGACUUUUAAUCAUUACCAUAUUAACAACCAAAAUAAUUAGAUAAAACACAUAGGAGAGGGUAAUAGUAAA